AUGCAAGAGGCGAUUCCUUACAAGACGUGGCUGCCCCACUACACCACGACCAAGCAGCCGCUGCUCAACAGCGACGUCCUCGCGGCGGAGGUGGUGUCGGAGAAUGCCAUCAUCGUCUUCGCCCGCCGGGGCUGCUGCAUGACCCACGUCCUCAAGCGGCUGCUCCUGUGCGUGGGAGUCAACCCGCCGGUGUUCGAGGUCGACGACAACGAGGAGGACGAGGCCCGGCGGGUGUUGAAGGAGCUGCAGACGGUGGCCGGGGAGGAGGUUCAGUUACCGGCGGUGUUCAUUGGCGGGAAGUUGUUCGGAGGGUUGGACAGGGUUAUGGCCACUCAUAUCACCGGCGAAUUGGUUCCUAUUCUCAAACAGGCUGGAGCCUUGUGGCUUUGA